UAGGAUACAGAGAAUGGAUUUUUAAUGAAUGUAAAUCAGCAGAUUGACCUUGUGUGUGGACAACUUUCCAAGGACUCUAAACUUCAGUCUGGCUACAACGCCAUUGGAUUCUCCCAGGGUGGCCAGUUCUUAAGAGCCAUAGCUCAGAAGUGUCCAAAUCCCCCCAUGCUGAACCUCAUCUCUGUAGGGGGCCAACAUCAGGGUGUGUAUGGUUUUCCCCGUUGUCCAGGUGAUAAUAGUACACUGUGUGAUAUUGUCAGAAAGCUGCUGAACUUAGGGGCAUACAACAGUUUUGUGCAGAAUAAUCUUGUCCAAGCAGAAUACUGGCAUGACCCUCUCCAGGAGGAUGAAUAUAAAUCAAAGAGUGUGUUCUUAGCUGAUCUGAAUCAGGAAAAUAAGAGAAAUGAGACCCAGAAAAACAAUUUGCUAAAACUGAAGAAUUUUGUGCUGGUCAAAUUCUUACAAGACGAGAUGGUGGACCCCAGGGAUAGUGAGUGGUUUGGCUUCUACAAACCUGGACAAGCAAAAGAACUCUUCACCCUUUUUGAGUCACCACUCUAUCAAGAGGACUGGUUGGGAUUGAAGACAAUGAAUAGCACUGGUCGGCUCCACUUUCUGGCUUCUCCCGGUGACCACCUUCAAUUUACAGAGCAGUGGUUCAUUGACAACAUAGUCUCCAAGUUCCUUAAGGGGUAGAUCCUGCACUGUCAGUACCAUGAAGUGAGAUUACAACUGAUACAGCAAUUCAUCAAUGCUCUACAAAAAUUUUCCCCAAGUUUUCCCAUUCUCUUGAUCAGUGUAGAUGAUUAUUUCCCUUGAUAGAAAAUAAAAACUAAUGAUUCAUCUUUGCAUAGGCUAAAGGGGGGAUUUUUCAAUUGAUCAAAUUGUGUGAAAUUUAACUCUGUAUUUUAGUGUAACAAAGUAAAUUUGUAUAUGUCACAUUUACUGAAAAGUUCAUGUUGUGCCGUGAUAUGUAUUUGUAUAUUUUAAUCUUGUAUGACACCCUAAGUAUUUAUUGAUCAUUUUGAGUUUUCAGUUGGUUUUAUCUGUCGCCCAUAUAUCUUAUGAAGUUAACAUUCUACUUAUCUCCACCAAUGCAGGGUACUAACUGUACAAGUACAUGCAGUACUGUAUAUAAAAGUUGUAAGUUGCUUUUCAUGUGAAACGUUUUAUAUUAACAUACUGUAUAUUCAGUGGAUAAAUCCCAACACAGAAGAACAUGUAUAGUUGCAUCACAGAUUUUAGUUGCUUAGCUUUGGUGCAUCAUCUUAGAUAGCCUUUUUUGUGCUAUAAUUUGUUUGUUAAUUAAUUUUGCAUAUGAAUUAUUUAUUUGUGGGAUGAGACGUAAUUAAAUCGAGUGAUGUUGAUCAUUAUCCUGAAUUUGACACAAUAUCAUUAAUUAUUCAUGUUUCAUUAAAUAAAAACUAUUUUUAUAGUAUA